AUGCUGAGGAAUGCACCCAUGUUCCGAUCGCGAGGCACAAGGGGUCGCGGUGUCGGUCUUGCCCGUGGACGUGCCACGGUGAACAGGGCAAGGACUAGUGGUCGCGGUGGGCCUGGAGGACCUGGAGGACCUGGAGGACGUUGA